AUGGCUUCCUCACCGGCAUCAGGCUAUCAAGUAUGGCCAGAUCCUUUCUCUGCAAUCCAGCCCGAGAUCAACAUUCAGAUACUGCAGUACCUUUCCCUCCAAGACAUUAAGUCUGCCACCGUGUCUUCGCCCAUGCUGUUAAGGCCCUUGCAAAGCAAUGGCCAGUAUAUUCUAAGACCAUACCUGCAUGACCUUCAUCUUAGCUAUACCGACAUCUCAUCGUUUCACCUAGCAGCAUCAGCUAUGCAUCUCCGUGAACUGCAUUCUAAGCACGACGGAGAUACUGUCCCGGUCCUGGAAAAGGUGGUCGGGCCUGUUCCGGAGUACAUAUUGCGGUUAAACGCCAAAUCGACAGAGGAAAUGGGCGUCAUUACCCUCAAAAUGGUCAUGGCAGCCCAAGAACUCCUGCCCGAGAUCACUGAUACUUUCAUAGAACCCGGCCUGUUGGAGGAAGAAGAAGAAGAAAAAGCCGUAUUUCGACAUCGGAGCCCGGGUUCGCUCUGGCCGGACAAGGCCCCCUUGGGUAUAAGGAAAGCAUUCAGCGACGGUUUCCUAAGAUUCGAUUGCUACCGGAAUAUAUUUCAUCACAAAGGUCAGGACCUUUUUAAGGAACGUGCUGGAAUCAAGGAUGCCUUCUUGAACACAUUUCCCGAGUUUCCUAAAUUCGAUGACAAAAUUCUGAGGUGGUAUCCCUAUAUGAUCCUGGGUAGACUCAGUCGCAGAUAUGGAAAAGUCAUUUCCAGUGUUAAAUCGACUACACGCGGCUCUCGAGGGAUUGCAUGGCCAAAGGGGGCAUGGAAAGAGGUCCUUGCAGCAAUGACUAAAAUUGACUUUCGGAACCGUAGUGCGAUGCAGGGUGCAUAUUUUAAGCAUCGCCUCGUCCUCCAGGGCUAUCCAAAACUUGCUUUCUUGGAACAGCUUUCCGAUGAGACCCUUUUGAGUACCGUGGAGGAGGAAUUCGAGGAACUCGUUGUAUCAAACCUAACAGCUUGUGAAGCAUGGGCAGCCGACAAGAGUCAUUGCAAUAACCUUAAUCGACAUUUCACUCUCUGGAGGAAUUGA